UGCCAUGGUCGGCGGCUGCUCACGCGGGGGGUCUCCGACAGCAGUAGUGUGACGAGCUCGCGACAACCUGCGAGGAAAAACGGGCGCGUCGGGCUUUUUGUGCGCUUGGAUCCGAACCCGAAAUCAUGUGGAUGCCAACAGAGGAGGAGAAAUUAGGAGUGGUCAUCUGCAGCUUCCGUGAUGCCGUGUUCCAUGGUCUUACGCUGGAGAUAGGAGAGACCGUCCAGAUUCUGGAGAAGACUGAAGAAUGGUACAGAGGAUUUUCCACCAAGAAGCCCACAGUCAAGGGAAUCUUCCCGGCGAGCUAUAUCCAUUUAAAGAAAGCGAUUGUAACCAACAGAGGACCAAAUGAGACGGUUGUGCCUCUGGAAGACCCCAUCGUCACAGAGGUGACCACAACUCUUCAAGAGUGGGCGGUCUUGUGGAAGCAGCUGUAUGUGAAGCACAAGACUGACCUCUUCUUCAAGCUGCGGCAUGUUAUGAACGAGCUGAUUGACCUGCGGCGGCAGCUGUUAUCCGGCCACCUGACGCAGGAUCAGGUUCGAGAAGUCAAAAGACACACCACCAUCCGGCUGGACUGGGGAAACGAACAUCUUGGACUGGACCUUGUACCCAGACAAGAGUUUGUCAUGGUGGAUGAAGAUCAGAUCAGUGUUUCUGACCUCUACAAAAUGCACCUCUCCAGUCGGCAGAGGGUCCAGCAAAGCACAUCCCAGGGCGACAGCGUGCGUGUGUCUGUCCCGCACCAUCUUCUGGUCAGCCUGAAGAGCUUUACCCACAACACCAUCAAUGAGGACAUUGACAUUUUCUUCUCCCUGUACGACAUCAGGGAGUGCAAGCAGCUCAGCGAGAGAUUCAUGGUGAGGCUGAACAAGAGCGGGGGCCCAAAGAACCUGGAGAAGGCUGAUCGUCUGUGCACGCUUUUUAUGGACUUGAGCAGUAAGGACCUGAAGAAGGAUCUUUAUAUAGUGGCGCACAUUAUAAGAAAUGGUCGCAUGCUGCUGAAUGACUCGAGGAAGGGCCCGGCGCAGGGACAGUACCGGCGUCCUCAUGGCUGCGCCGUGCUAGCCCUCAGCGAGGUACUGCACGCCAUCUCCGAGCUCAAGGAGGAGAAGGAGUUCGUCCUCAAGGUUUACACAUGUACCAAUGAAAGCGAGUGGCACCAGAUCCACGAGAGCAUCCUCCGCAAGUCGAGCAUAAAAUCCACAGCCCCCUGCAGCAGCCAUGGUCUGAUAAUAUCCCUCCAGUUCUUGCACGGAGACACGGAGCAGAUUCGCAGGGAGCACCCGGGACUUUUCACCCGGGGUAUUUCGGUCACUCGACAGCUGGGCUUCCCGGAGGUCGUCAUUCCAGGUGACGUUCGCAAUGACCUCUACCUUACCUUGGAACGAGGAGAGUUCGAGAAGGGAGGCAAGAGCGUUCAGAAGAAUAUCGAGAUCACCAUGUACGUGUUGUAUGCAGAUGGGCAGAUUCUUAAAGACUGUAUGAGCCUGGGUGCUGGGGAGCCCAGCGCCAGCGAAUACCACUCUCUUGUAUUCUACCACAACAAUGCCCCCCGUUGGAGCGAAAUGGUCAAGCUGUCCAUUCCCCUCGAUCGCUUCCGGGGCUCCCACCUGCGCUUCGAGCUACGCCACUGUUCCACUAAAGACAGAGGGGAGAAGAAGCUCUUUGGUUUCGCCUUCACCCCUCUCAUGCGGGAGGAUGGAACCACGCUGGCGGAUGAGAGCCACGAGCUCUACGUCUACAAAUGUGACGAGAACACCACGUUCAGCAACCACGCCCUCUACCUGGGCCUGCCUUGCUGUAAAGAGGACCUCAGCGCUUGCCCCGGCUCCACUGCCAGCCCCACCUUCCAGCGCAGCCCCAAGGAGUUGCUCUGGGUCUCCACGCAGCUGUGUUCCAGCAAGCUCACGCAGAACGUCGACGUGCUGGCCCUGCUGAACUGGAAAUCCCACCCUGACCGAGUAAUGGACAUCCUGGGCAGGCUGCGCUAUAUCGGCGGAGAGGAAAUCGUCAAGUUUUUGCAAAAUAUCCUGGACACGCUGUUCUCCAUCCUGGAGGACAAUACUGACAAAUACGGCCCUUUGGUGUUUCAGUCGCUGGUUUUUGUCAUCAACUUGCUGCGGGAAGGCAGGUUUUCUCACUUCCGCUCCAUCACAGACACCUACAUCCACAACCACUUCUCUGGAGCGCUGGCAUAUAAGGAACUCAUUCGCUGUCUGAAAUGGUACAUGGAGCGUUCGGCUGAGGUGACCAGACAGGACCACAUUCAGGAGGCCAUGAGGGCUUUGGAUUAUUUGUUCAAGUUCAUCGUCCAGUCCCGCACCCUGUACUCCCAGGCCACUUGUGGGAUGGAGGAGGACCAGUUUCGGGCCAGCAUCCAGGAGCUGUUCCAGUCCAUCCGCUUUGUCUUGAGCCUGGAUAGCCGCAGCUCGGAAAACCUAAUAUUCACGCAGGUGGCGCUGCUGAGCUCCUUGCCUGCCGUCUUUGACGAGCUGCUGCCCGUGUUCACGGUUCAGGAGGCAGCGGAGUUGGUGAGGGGCACUCUGAGCAGCAUGCCCAGCACGGUGCACAUGGGCCAGUCCAUGGACGUAGUCAAGCUGCAGUCCAUCGCUGGCACCGUGGACAGCCGUCUCUUCUCCUUUGCAGAGUCUCGGAGGGUCCUGCUUCCCGUUGUCCUCCACCACAUCCAUCUCCACCUUCGCCAGCAGAGGGAGCUGCUCAUUUGUUCUGGCAUCCUCAGCAGCAUCUUUUCCUUAAUCAAAGCCAGCUCCUUGGAGACAUCAGUGCAGGAGGAGGUGGAGAUGAUGGUUGAGAGUCUGCUUGAUGUCCUCCUGCAGACAUUGCAGGCCAUCAUGAGCAAGUCCCAUUCCCCGGAGGCUUCUCGGGGGCAGCGCUGCCCGCAGUGUACGGCUGAGAUCACCGGAGAGUACGUAUCCUGCCUCCUGUCUCUCCUGUCUCAGAUGUCAGACGUCCACUUCCAGCACCUGCUUGACAACUUCCAGAGCCAAGAUGAGCUCAAGGAGUUCUUGCUGAGAAUUUUCUGCAUGUUCCGUAACCUGAUGAAGCUCAGCGUGUUUCCGAGGGAUUGGGCUGUGCUGAGGCUACUGACCAGCCACAUCAUUCUGAAGACAACCCAGCAGCUGUCGCUCGCCCUGCGUAAAAACUUCUCCGGAGCCACUUUUGACUUCAAGGUGUGGAGCUCCUACUUCAGCCUUGCCGUGCUCUACAUCAGCCAGCCCAGCCUUCAGCUUGAGGCUCUCAGUCCGGCUAAGAGAAAUAAAGUGCUGGACAAGUAUGGAGAUAUGAGAGUGACAAUGGCCUAUGACCUAUACAACAUGUGGCAGAACCUUGGUGAGGACAAGGUACACUUUAUCCCGGGAACGAUCGGGGCGUUUCUGGGCGUGACGCUGGUUCCGCAAGACGAGGUGCGUAACAUCAUGAUCCCGAUCCUCCACGACAUGAUGGACUGGGAGCAGCGAAGGAGUGGAAGCUUCAAACAGGUGGAGGCCGAGCUGGCGGACAAAUUAGACACCCUGGUGUCAGAGGGAAAAGGGGAUGAGAGCCACCGCAAACUCAUCAACCUGCUUGCCCAGCUCUUUGGCCCAUAUCCCAGUCUCUUGGAGCGCAUCGAGCAGGAGACUUGGAGGGAGAUGAGCAGCUCCUUUGUCACGUCAGUCAUGCGGCUUACCGAGCGUGUGCUAGAUUACAAGAACUGCCUGAAAGCAGAUGAGGCAGAGAACAAGAAAACCGGCUGCACAUUUAACCUGCUGAAUUUUGGAAAGUGCGAUACGAAUAAAGAGGAGCUGUACAUUCGCUAUAUCCACAAACUGUGUAACGCGCACCUGAAAACGGAGAGCUACGCAGGUGAGCAGCAGGCGCAUCCUUGCGGAAGACGGAGCACGUCGAGGUCGUGCGUCAGCGACGCGAUCGAUCUUGUUGCUUGGUGCCUUUGUGCUCCGUGUCCCUCUGCAGAGGCUGGCUUCACUCUCCUCCUCUACUGGGAGUUGCUGCAGUGGGAACCUCGACCUCUGAGGGAGUUCCUCCACUACCCGGCGCAGAGCGAGUGGCAGCGCAAGGAGGCCCUGAGCCGCAAGGUCAUCCACUACUUCAACAAGGGAAAGGCUUGGGAGUAUGGGAUCCCUGUGUGUCGUGAGCUGGCUGCUCAAUAUGAGGCUUCCUACGACUACCAGAGCCUGAGCUGGAUACGGAAGUUGGAAGCCACUUACUACGAUAAUAUCCUGGAGCAGCCACGUCUGGAACCUGAGUUCUUCAGGGUGGGCUUCUAUGGAAAGAAAUUCCCUUUCUUCCUCAGGAACAAGGAGUUCGUGUGUCGGGGACAUGACUAUGAGAGACUUGAAGCUUUUCAGCAGAGGAUGCUGGGAGAAUUCCCGGAAGCAAUUGCCAUGCAGCACGCUAGUCAACCGGAUGACUCCAUUUUACAAUACGAUGGUCAAUACCUACAGAUUUAUGCAGUCACUCCGGUGACGGAAAAUGCUGACGUGCUACAGAUGGACCACGUCUCGGAUCGCAUCAAGAGUUUUUACCGCGUCAACAAUGUGCGCCGCUUCCGCUUUGACCGUCCCUUCCACAAGGGCAUGAAGGACAGAGAGAACGAAAUCAAGAGCCUGUGGAUCGAACGGACGACUUUGACCCUCUCUCAUCCCCUGCCAAGCAUCUCGCGCUGGGCACAGGUGGAGAAGCGUGAACUGGUGGAAGUGAGCCCUGUGGAGAAUGCCAUUUCUGUGGUGGAAAACAAGAACCAGGAGCUCCGCAUGCUCAUCGGCCAGUACCAGCACCGGCCACCGCACAGCAACGUCAACCAGCUCAGCAUGUGUCUGAACGGGGUGAUCGAUGCCGCUGUCAACGGGGGAGUGGCCAGAUACCAAGAGGCAUUUUUCGAUGAGGACUACAUUGAGAGCCAUCCGCAGGAUGUGCAGCGGAUCAGCAAGCUGAGAGCUGCUAUGCAGGAGCAGGUUCACAUCUUGGGAGCAGGACUGGCAGUCCACGAAAGGCUGGUGCACCCAGACAUGCGUCCCCUUCACAAGAAACUGGUGGAUCAGUUCUACAUGAUGAGGAGCGGCUUCUGUCGCGGGACACCGGGCCUGGAGAAGCUGAGUCCCACAUGCUCCAGGUUCAGCUCCCUGCGAGGUCUCCCGACGAAUGCUGAAGGCCCCCGAAUGAUGCAUACGCAUGGACACAUGAACAUGCUGGGCUCCUUCCGCCAGUCGUCCUCCUCCCUUUCCUCGCAUACCUCCAGUGAGACAGGGAACCUGGCCAUCAUGACAGACAGUCUGACCGGGGACCACAGUGACGACUUCAUGCGCAUGCAGCUCAGCCCCUCCUCCUCCAGUCUGAGCUCAACGCACUCGGCGCCCUCUCAGAUGAUCAACUCGGCCCACUCUAGCGGAAGAGGAUCCCCGUCCAUGCCAGACAAGUACAGGCCCAAUCGUGAGCUUCUGAUGCUGAUGCCUCGGCACCAGGAGAGAGCCGGCAACGCCAUGUACCCUGGUGCAUGUGAAAACGAACAGCCAACUAACUUCCAGCGCUCGCUAUUCCAGCAGACUGGCCCGUGCAAGCCAUGCAGUGAUCCUAACUUGUCGGUGGCAGAGAGAGGACACUUCUCGAUGCAGUUCGACGCGGCGCACCACCACGUCAGUGACAUCCAUCCAGCCUUCCCCGCACGCUCCUUACGAAAGUCUCCCCUUCACCCCAUCCCUGCCUCACCUACCAUCCUCCACUCCGGCCUGGACGGCAGUAACUCGACGCUGUCAGGCAGCGCCAGCAGCGGUGUGUCCUCCCUGAGCGAGAGCCAGUGUGCUCCACCCUCGGAGCCGCCAGGCCGAACCGACACCUUGGACUCCAUUCCCAGCCAAGCCUGGACCCCCGAAGAGGACGUGGGAUCGCCCUACCCACAUGUCCGCUACAGCACCUCCGAGCCCGAAGACAUUCACUCCGCCAAGGCUCUGCCUUGUCGUAGCCACUCCGCCCCUGGGGGUGUCAGCCCUGGUCCUCCUCAAGAACACCCGCAUUACCACAGCAAUGCCCACUUCUGCCACGGACAUGGCCCCGUGCUUAUGUCCAAGCCAUACCUUAGAGAGGUCUGUCGCCCCGAAGAAGGCUUUCGGCAGCAACCUAUGGUGCUGCCAACACCCCUGCAGCACAAGAUCCCCUAGCCUCUGCAUGGGAACAAGGAGGAACAGGCUUUGGGGUAUGGGUUGACCGCAGCGGUGAGUGGGAGUGGCGGCAGUAGUGAGCAGGAGCUGAUUUGGAGUUAUGGCAGUGGCUACAAUAAUGGCUGUAAGCCUUCUGCGGUUUAUGAGAGUGAUUGCAGGAGUGGGAGGGUAGGCCGUGAGAUAUGAUUUUUACUGAAUGUUCUUAACAUUCCAGACUUUCUUAAAAAAAAAAGAUGAAGGUCGCUCAGACACUUAGUAAGAAUUGCCAUCAGCAUAUUUUCCUUAAAUCAAUUCUGUGUCUCUGGGGAGCAGGAGUAUUUUCUCUGAGUAUAAAUUUAGGCUGAGGGCUUGUUAUAUACCCCAGACCACUGUACCUCCCUACUAAUUUAUUCCCCUUCAGGUCACUUUACCUUAACCCUCCCACUUUUGCAGGGACGGGCUGGGGAGAGCAUUUUAAUGCAGCCAUUGGUGUUCAAUUUGCAGCUGUUUUGCAUUCAUAACGGACAAUAUGGGUAUGUGAUCCGUUUUAUAUGUCAGGAGUCUCACCUGAGAGACAUAUGACCUUUCGCGGAUCAGCCCAAAGAAAUAUUGCUCAGUGCUUAUAGAUGCUCAGAGGCACCAACUUUUUUUUUUUUUUUUUUUGUAAAUAGCAUAUAA